GGAGGAUUGGGGGUAGAAUCCCAUGACGUUGCGGGCUCCGCCUCCUGGUGAAUAUAAGGGGCGCUUGGCGCGUAACGACCCCAAGCAGCUGCUUUGAAGCCUGAGCUACGGAACUCGGCAUCCCUAACCCAACUCGCUUAAGUCUGCCUCAGAGCUGGACCCCAGAUUCUCUGCUCCCUGGCUUGCCACAUCUCUCAGAUCCUAGCAUCCUCUUCAAUUCCAACUAGAAUGCUGUGGCAGGCACUUCGCAGAUUUGGGCGUAAGCUGGUACGGAGACGCAUGCUGGAGCCAGGUGUGGCUGAGACCCGCCUUGCCAGAUGCCUCAGCACUCUGGACUUGGUGGCCCUGGGUGUGGGCAGCACACUGGGUGCAGGCGUGUAUGUCCUGGCUGGCGAGGUGGCCAAAGAUAAAGCAGGUCCAUCCAUUGUGAUCUGUUUUUUGGUGGCUGCUCUGUCUUCUGUGUUGGCUGGGCUGUGCUAUGCGGAGUUUGGCGCCCGGGUCCCCCGUUCUGGUUCUGCGUAUCUCUACAGCUACGUCACUGUGGGUGAACUCUGGGCCUUCACCACUGGCUGGAACCUCAUCCUCUCCUAUGUCAUCGGUACGGCCAGUGUGGCCCGGGCCUGGAGCUCUGCUUUUGACAACCUGAUUGGGAAUCACAUCUCCCACGCUCUGAAGGGGACCAUCUCACUGCAUGUGCCCCAUGUCCUGGCAGAAUAUCCAGACUUCUUUGCUAUGGGCCUCGUGUUGCUGCUCACUGGAUUGCUGGCGCUGGGGGCUAGCGAGUCGGCCCUGGUUACCAAAGUGUUCACAGUGGUGAACCUUUUGGUUCUCGGCUUCGUCAUCAUCUCUGGCUUCAUUAAGGGAGACCUGCACAACUGGCGGCUCACAGAAGGCGACUACAAUUUGGCUGUGGCCGGACUCAACAACACUGAAAACUUGGGCCUUGUGGGAUCUGGAGGAUUUGUGCCUUUCGGUGUUGAGGGGAUUCUCCGUGGAGCAGCUACCUGUUUCUAUGCGUUUGUUGGUUUUGACUGCAUUGCUACCACUGGGGAAGAGGCCCAGAAUCCACAGCGCUCCAUCCCCAUGGGCAUUGUGAUCUCAUUAUUCGUGUGCUUUUUGGCGUAUUUUGGUGUCUCAUCAGCACUCACCCUCAUGAUGCCUUACUACCAGCUUCAGCCUGAGAGCCCUUUGCCUGAGGCGUUUCUCCAUAUUGGAUGGGCUCCUGCCCGCUACCUUGUGGCUGUUGGCUCCCUCUGCGCUCUUUCUACUAGCCUCUUGGGCUCUAUGUUCCCCAUGCCUCGGGUGAUCUACGCGAUGGCAGAAGAUGGGCUCCUGUUCCGUGUCCUUGCCCGCAUCCACAGCAGCACACACACUCCUCUCAUGGCCACCGUGGUCUCUGGCAUUAUUGCAGCUUUCAUGGCGUUCCUCUUUGAACUCACUGAUCUUGUGGACCUCAUGUCAAUUGGGACUUUGCUUGCUUACUCCCUGGUGUCUAUUUGUGUCCUCAUCCUCAGGUAUCAGCCCGACCAGGAGAUGAAGAUGGGGGAAGAGGAAGUAGAAUUGCAGGAGGAGCAGAUACCAGAAGAAGAGAGGCUGACCCUCCAGUCACUGUUUUGCCCACUCAACUCCAUCCCUACUCCACUCUCUGGCCAAGUUGUCUAUGCUUGUUCCUCACUGAUUGCUCUACUGCUGACCGUCUUAUGCCUGGUGUUGGCCCAGUGGCAAAUUCCACUGCUUUCCGGAGACCCGAUAUGGGUGGCGGUGAUUGUGCUGCUACUGCUGCUCAUCACUGGAAUCACCGGGGUUAUCUGGAAACAGCCACAGAACUCCACUCCCCUUCACUUCAAGGUGCCUGCUGUGCCCCUCCUCCCAAUAGUGAGCAUCUUUGUGAAUGUUUAUCUUAUGAUGCAGAUGACAGCUGGUACCUGGGCCCGAUUUGGGGUUUGGAUGCUGAUCGGAUUUGUUAUCUACUUCAGCUACGGGAUCCAGCACAGCCUGGAAGAGUUUAAGAAUGACCGACCCCUAUCCAAGUCCAGAACCAGAACUGUCGACCUUGAUCUCAGUAGAUCUGUAGACUUUGAUCUCAGCAGUCCUUGUAUUCACACAUUUUGACACACCUGAUUCUACCUGGUUCCCCCCCACAAUAAUGGAGAGUUCUCUUGAUCCCGCCGAAAGCCGGCUCUCCCAUGUGAUGUUGGUGGGGGAUGCUAAUAUAGAGCUCUGUAUCUAUUGUGGAGUCAAGGGUGUGUCACUGCUGCUUUUCAUCUCUCUCUCUCUCUUUUUUUUAACUUGUCUACUUUUAAAUGGUUUCUGUAGUUGUAUAUGGCCUUUUAAAUAAAUAUUAAA